ACAUCUUAUUCAAAAGUUUUUGGUAAGGCAGACAAAGAUCUUCAAUUUUUUGAAAAUCAGCAUUAAACUUAUUCAAUUUUGUAUUUUAUUAAAUUUAUAGAGAAAAAAAAUAUGUUGGUCUACUUAGCAGCAUUGUUCGUUCUCGUCGGCUCAUCUUGGGCUCAGUCGAAUUGCACCUGUACCGCAUUCGUUGAUCCUAACGGUUUACCACCAGAAUAUAUCGAUGUUAAUCAAUUCGGUGUUGUUGGAAAUACUGAAUGUGGUGAUAGAGGUUUAAUUGAUUGCGCUAAGUGGUGCAAGGAUAAAUUUGUUCCAUGGUUCGAUAAUUUGGAUCUUCAAGCCCCAAGACCUAACGACAGUCAAAAUCGUAUUUGGGGUAAAUACAUGUGCGAUCAAAUUAGAGCUGGUUUGGGACAAGACUACGAUGCUGUAACCAUCACCGAAUACGAUGCAAGUAUGCGAUUGGACUCUUGCGGAGGACAAUGGGAAGAUGUCAUCACUAAGGAUGGAUCAAACGGCAAAAAAUUAUGCUGCGAUCAAAUUGGAAAUCUUGUCAACUGCAAUUAAAAUUUAUCAUUUUUAUGCUAAUUUUACAAUACAAUUUAAUUAAAAAUUACGAUAUCCUAAGGAAA